AGUGUUUCCGAUGAAUUAAGACAAGUUAAAAGUGAUUUUGAUACAUUAAUUGAUAUUAAUAAUGCAUUUAGUACGGAAAACGAAAAUCUAAAAAAGAGAAUUAAAUUGAAUGGAAGUGACGAUGAUUUUGAUCGAGAUAAUUCAAAAUUUACAAAAAAAAGAAAUAAAGAUAUUGUCCGAAGUGACGAUAAAUUGGAUGAUCGAAAUGAUCGAAUGGACAUUAGUUCUGGAGAACAAGGGAAGUGA